GACAUUGCCGUGUUCCACAUCAACACGAACAGGUUCUGUGGUAUCAUCCCUAAGAGCUUUGCUAGGCUAACUCUUCUACAUGAGCUCGACGUUAGCAACAACCGCUUUGUGGGAUCAUUCCCGGAGGUGGUCCUGCAAAUUCCAAACCUCAAGUACCUUGACCUCAGGUUCAAUGACUUUGAGGGGAAAUUGCCUCCUGAGCUCUUCAACAAGGAAUUGGAUGCCCUGUUCUUGAACAACAAUAGGUUCACAUCCACCAUCCCUGACACUCUUGGCAACUCCCCCAUCUCUGUUCUUGUGGUCGCAAACAAUCAUCUCGAGGGCUGCAUCCCUAAUAGCAUUGGAAAAAUGGUAAACAAUUUGAAUGAGGCCAUCUUCUCCCACAACAAGUUUGCUGGGUGUUUGCCUCCUGAAAUUGGGUACCUCUCAAACGUGAAUGUGUUUGAUGUUAGUUCAAACACAUUGAGUGGGCUCCUGUCCAAGACUUUCAAAGGCCUUGAGAAGGUGGAGGAGUUGAACAUUGCACACAACAUGCUAACUGGGUUUGUUCCCGAGAGUCUCUGCAAAUUGCCUAGCUUGGGAAAUUUUAAGUUUUCCUACAACUACUUCAACGGCGAGGAUCAAGAAUGUGUGCCACCUUCUCGGAAGGACACACUGUUUGAUGACACAAGCAACUGCUUACCAAAUAGGCCUAAGCAGAAGUCAGCAAAACAAUUUCAAGUUGUGGUGAACAAGCCAGUGGAUUGUGGCAGGGCAAAGUGCGGAGGUCGACCAGCACCUUCAAAACCUUCUUCUCCUGCACCCAAUGAGGAGCCACCCAAACAACAACCUCCUAAAGAGGAACCACCCAAACAACAACCGCCCCAAGAAGAAACUCCCACACUAGAGCCACAACCACCUAAACCAGAGCUAUCUCCGGAGCCAGUUCCAGAGACUCCAGAACCAGUUGCCAGCCCCCCUCAAAUAGUGGUAGCACCAUCACCACCCCCACUCACACCCACAAGGCAAAGCCCCAUUGUUCCAGUUCGCCCUCACUCACCACUAAUUCACUCUCCACCACCACCAGUCAACUCACCCCCACCACCUGUCCACUCUCCACCACCACCCGUAGCAACACCGCCAUCACCUGCACACUCACCGCCACCCCCAAUCAACUCCCUUCCACCACCUGUCCACUCUCCCCCACCUCCAGUUCACUCUCCUCCACCCCCAGUCAACUCACCCCCACCGCCAGUUCACUCACCUCCUCCCCCAGUGUAUUCACCUCCACCACCAGUUCACUCUCCACCACCACCAGUCCACUCUCCACCACCUCCAGUUCACUCGCCUCCUCCACCAGUGCAUUCACCUCCACCACCAGUUGACUCUCCACCACCACCAGUCCACUCUUCUCCACCCAUAGUCAACUCGCCCCCACCACCAGUACAAUCUCCUCCACCUCCAGUUCACUCUCCACCACCCCCAGUCAACUCUUCCCCACCACCAGCACCGAUCUACUCAUCGCCACCUCCAGUCCAAUCACCACCACCACCCACCCAAUCUCCACCGCCUCCAGAAAACUCCCCUCCACCACCUUCUCCUUCUCUUUCACCUCCUCCUCCCGUUGUCUCAUCACCCCCUCCAAUAGAUGACUUUGUUUUGCCACCAAACUUCGGCUCCCAAUACUCAUCUCCACCUCCACCAAUGUUUCCGGGCUACUAA